UUGAUGGUGGCAGCGGCGGCAGCCUAAGCAGCAGCAGCCCUCGGCGCGCGCGCCAGCUCGCCAGCUCUCGCGGUCCUGCCCUCUUCAGCCUUCUUCAUCCAGUCUCCCGAAAGGUGCUGGGCGGAUCCAGAGCGGCAGAGGCCAAGCGGUGGUAGCGGUGGUAGAGGCGGCAGCGGCGGAGGCAGCGGUAGCGGCGGCAGGAGGCAGGAUGAGCGCACGCGGUGAAGGCGCCGGGCAACCGUCCACUUCAGCCCAGGGACAACCUGCCGCCCCAGUGCCUGAAAAGCGAGGACGCGGCCGACCCAGGAAGCAGCAGCAAGAACCAACCUGUGAGCCCUCUCCUAAGAGACCCAGGGGAAGACCCAAAGGCAGCAAAAACAAGAGUCCCUCUAAAGCAGCUCAGAAGAAAGCAGAGACCAUUGGAGAAAAACGGCCAAGAGGCAGACCUAGGAAAUGGCCACAACAAGUCAUUCAGAAGAAGCCUGCUCAGGAAACUGAAGAGACAUCGUCGCAAGAGUCCGCCGAGGAGGAUUAGGGAGUGCCGACAUUCGAUUUCUACCUCAGCAUCAGUUGGAUCUUUCGAAGGGAG